AUAUAUUCAACAAAAGAGUGUGUUUAUUGUGCGAUGUCACCUCUACUUACAAGGAUAAAUGUUAGCCAAGCCAAGGGAUAUUGUAUAAAUAAGAUCUGAGCAUCGAUGCGAUAGAGUAUUAUCAUCGUGGAUGGUUUAAGCGAGUCCUCUUGAAAUCACUCUUCGAGAAAUUAACUUCACGGAAUCAAAGAAGUCGUAAAGAUGCAGGCAUUUGUUUUCGUGGUUUUAUGUCUGGCGGCUUUAGCUGCUCAUUCUCGAGGGCAAGUUCCACCAUGGCAACCGGGAGGGCAGCAGGGAAGACAGCCUGGUGGGCAACCCGGUGGUCAACCCGGCGGACAACCAGGGGGACCACCCACUGGGCAACCAGGGGUACAACCAGGCGGACAGCCCGGCGGACAACCAGGCGGACAGCCCGGCGGACAACCAGGCGGACAACCAGUCGUGCCACCUGGUGGGCAGCCCGGCUUGCAACCAGGCGGGCAACCCGGCAGACAGCCUGGCGGGCAACCCGGUGGACAGCCUGGCGUACAACCCGGAGGUCAACCCGGCUUUCAACCAGGCGGGCAACCGGGAUGGCAGCCACAACAACCUGCAGGUGGACAGCCAGAGCUUCCUCCGAAUAAUUUUUCAUGCCCACCGAUGUGGAUAAAAGGCGAUGUGUCAAUCGGUGGAAGCUGUUAUCGUUUUGCAAGCGGACCAAUACGUACCCGCCAAAGUAGGCCGUGGGCCGCUCCCGGGUAUUUUGAAGGACUCAUGCAGCCAGAUGCCCAGCGGGCGUGUGAAAAUAUGAUGCCCGGUGCCCACCUUGCAACAAUCAACUCCGUAGCAGAGAACGAAUACAUUUUUAAGUGGGUGGUAGAUAUGAUGGGCACCCAGGCUCCCCCGGCCUGGAUCGGUGCUUACACCGACCUCAUGGGCCGGCAACACUGGUACGGCGGACAACAAGGCCUGACCCCAGGAUUGUGGGAAGAACCACCGCAGGCCCAUGAAGGUGCGGUUAUGUUCGACGUUCAAGCUCGGACCCAAUGGAAUAACCAGCUUGACCUGGAGCCAGUUUGGAAACGAGAGGAUGUUGAAAACUUCCGACACUUCAUCUGUGAGUACACCCCAGCAGCGUCAUCCGCACCCCAGGAACCCCCUCCAACUCAAAGACCACUCCUACUCAACAACAAUCCUGUAGGCUUUCGCAGACAAGGGGCCUUCGGAGGAUCCCGCCUUCAUGAGAUUCUUCGUAAACCUUCCAACUUAAGAAUGAGCCCGUACCUAGCAGUACGGCCUUGAGGCUUUAUAGCAACCCCUUGAACUUCUCUGUGAUAAGAAUGCUACAUUCGCACCAACAAAACCGACUCUAAUUUGACCGAUAACAUACCGUUCGAAGCAAUCUAAUAGCUUUGAUCGUUCUGGAGUAGAACCCGUUGGUGUGAUCUUACCAUGAACUAUUACUUACAUUCAUUCAGGCAUAUUGAAACGCAUCAUCCACCAUGUCCACUGCAAGUCGAACCUGAACAUGCUGAAUCGGGUCCCCUGGUCCCGCUGAUGGUCUUGUGCAACAACGAAGGCUUGUUCCACCCCGCGGGUUUUAACAC